AUGGUCCGACACAAGAAAGACUUUGGUGGCCGGGGCAAGAAGCUGCACUACGGUCCAUCGCGACCGCGGCCGGGCGCAGCAGCAGACGACGGCACGGCCGAAGGCCAAGACGCCCAGGUGUCGUCAUCGUCGUCCUGGCCAGCCUUCAAGGCAGCGUGCUGGGACCUGGGCCACUGCGAUCCGAAGCGGUGCUCGGGCAAGAAGCUGAUGCGUCUGGGUCUGAUGCGCGACCUCAAGCUGGGCCAGCGACACGCGGGUGUGGUGAUCACGCCCAACGGACGGCAGGUGGUCAGCCCGGCGGACGGCGAGCUGCUGCGGCAAUUUGGCGCGGCCGUGGUGGAAUGUUCGUGGGCACGCACCAAGGAGGUGCAGUGGAACAAGGUGGGCGGCAAGUGCGAGCGUCUGCUGCCAUACCUGGUGGCGGCCAACACGGUCAACUACGGCAAGCCGUGGCGGCUGAACUGCGUGGAGGCGCUGGCCGCGGCCUUUUACAUCUGCGGCCAGCGUGCAUGGGCCGAGGCGGUGCUGGCGCCCUUUUCGUACGGCGAGUCGUUUCUGAACAUCAACCGGACGCUGCUGGAGCGGUACGCGGCGUGCGCGGACGACGGCGAGGUGAAGCGGACCGAGGAAGCGUGGAUCGAGCAGCUGGAGCGCGAGUAUACGGAGAGCCGCGAGGAUCGGGCGAGUGCGGCCGACAUCUGGAAGGGUGGCAACUCGAAUCUGCGACACCUGCAGGGCAGCGAGGACGAGGGGGGGAGCGGGGAAGACGACGGAGAAGAAGAGCAGCCGGACAGAGAUCCGUUUGACAUCUCGGACGACAGCGACGACGAGGCCGAGAUGGAGGAGAUCCGCAGAAAGGUGCUCGCUUCAAGGCCGUUUGCCGAUUCGGGUGCCAAGAACGAGAAGAAACCGCUGCAGCAACAACAGCUGCAGCCACCGAUUGCGCGACCAUCCAAUGCCGAACCAGACUCAGACAACGACCAGCAGUAUGGGUCGUCAUCCGAUAGCGAGGGAGACGGCGAGAAUGCGAGCGUUGACAGCGACAACGGCGACGACGACGACGAUGACGAUGAUGACUUUGACCAGAUCAUCAUGGCGACGCCGGUGACGGACCAGAUGGGCGUGGCGCGGCUGAAAAAGGAGCGGGAACGGGCAGCGAUCUCGACCCGGACAUUCACGUCGGGCUAUGUAGCAGCAGGUCGAAGAGGGUGA